GACAAACCCUUCAUGUCUUCUUUGUGACAAACUUUGCCAUCUACAGAACCGGCUUUUCAGCAAAGUAUGAAACAGUGCAGGAUAGAUCAGGCAGUGUUGAGCCAUCUGCUUCAGAUGUACUCCCGUCUGAUUGGCUUACAAUCGGUGAUAAGAUCAAACAAAUCAGCGUCAGUACAUCUACCAAUCAGGUGUGGGCACUGGAUAUCGACGGAAAACCGUUGCGGAGGACGGGUAUUUCACAGUCAACACCACAAGGGACUGGAUGGGAGGUGGUCGGAACAGAACAGUUUCUGUACAUCUCAGUGGGACGUGUUGGGGUGUGGGCAGUCUCUGACGACUCCACUGUAAUGUACCGCAAGGGAACAUUCAGGGGCGCAGGAACAGCAGGUACGUCCUGGCAGGCAGUUCAUAUCGACUCCAAAAUCACCAGCUCACUCUUCAACUUCAAAACAUUCCCAGUAGAAACUGAUUGGCGUGGACACAACAUAGACCAGAUACAUUCAGGAAAAGACUUCGUCUGGAUCGUUGCCAGUUAUCCUCAUUUCACAUAUGGGUAUACCAUAGUGAGAAAAGGUAUAACCUCGGAUAAUCCCGAGGGUACAUCCUGGGACUCCGUACAAACAGCGAACAUGAAGGAAAUCAGCGUCAGCUCCAGGACCGGGCAGCUGUGGGCAGUGGAGAUUGGCGGCAGAGUGUGGCGUUCUCCUUUCUACUGUGAAAUCUCUGUAAAGAGCAACUGGGAAGCAAUUGAAGGUUGCUUUUCGUCAGUGUCUGUGGGACGGUCGGGCGUUUGGGCGGUCGACUUUGAAGGCGAGGUGUACCACAGAGCAGGCACAUUUCUAAACGAAACCGCCCCUGAAAAGCGACUCUGUGCAGAGGACGAAGUCAUUUGUCCAUACAGCGAGAAAUGCAUCAAAGAAUGCCGCGUGUGUGACGGCAUCGUGGACUGUGGGGAUGAUGACGACACUGACGAGCGGAACUGUUGGUUUGCCAACUGUCCGGAGAAACAUCGGCGAGUGUGUGCCGGAGAAGUGGGCUGCUACAGUCCGACUCGUGUGUGCGACGGAGAGCGGAACUGUGGGGAAAUUACUGAGGAUGAGCGGGACUGUCCCGACAGCUGCGUGCACCACUGGAAACGUAACUACCUACUGCAACGAGACGAAAUCCAGUGUCGUGAUCUGUCAGGCUGUGUGAGGAUCACAAAAGUUUGCGAUGGUCAGAAAGACUGUGCAGAUGGGUCGGACGAGAUAAACUGUUACGACUUCUGCUCCCUUCAUGGAACAUUUGGUGAUGCCGCCUACUGGAAGUGCCGUGACUCCCCGGGCUGUGUGAAAGGAGAAUUUCUGUGUAACGGCAUUUCUGACUGCGCUGAUGGGUCGGACGAAGAGAACUGUGAUGAAUUAUGCAGAUCUAUUGGGUACUGGCCGUGUAAAAACUCCAUCCCGCCGUUCCCGAGGUGUAUCAAGGGGUCGGGCAGAUGUAACCGAGCAGUAGAGUGCAGGGACUUCUCGGAUGAGAUCGGCUGCGACGACAAAUGCGAACAACCCGGAUGGACGUGUAAAUGUGACCAGAUCACGGGAUGCUACAAGCCGGGUGACAUCUGCGAUGGUCGGAAGCAGUGUCACUCUCUGGCAGGGAAUGACUGCCAUGAUGACGAACAGCACUGCGAAGAGUAUUGCCGUACUUUUGGUGGCUUCGACUGUGGCCCGCCAUGGCAUCAGUGCAUAUCUCUACACCGUGUAUGUGAUGAACAUCCUGACUGUAAUUACAUGGACAAUGCAACAAUGGAGUUUUACGGUCCUACUGAUGAACAGAAUUGUGGAACCUGUGACGGGUAUUGGGCUGCUUUGGAAGAGUAUAAGGAAAAAAGGAAGGAAGAGGGACUAACGACGUCUGACGAGUACAAUUAUAAGUGCAACUCAGGAAAAUGCGCAGCGACAUUCAACCUGUGUGAUGACCGCGACUUCUGUGGCAACUGGGAGGACGAGCAAGACUGCGAUAUAACGACCUGCAUGGACACGGCGGUACGGUUAGGUGUUUCUGACCAGUAUAAAGAAAUUGAAGUCGCACAAAAUUGCGAUGGGAAGGACGACUGCAGGACGGGUGUUGAUGAGAAUCCACGGAGAUGUGGCAUUGGAGCUUGUUUGCUACCUGUAGAUCUACUAGUGAAUGAUUAUACAGUUACUGAAGGCUUUGGAGCACGUCAUUUAAACCACGGUAGCCUAGGUCUGUCCCUGACGGAAUGGGUUGUUGAUAACCUUGAGGACUGGCUGCAAAUCACCCUCGAACAUCCUGUCCAGCUGGCCGCUAUAGUUGUUUCCGGUCCCAGGUCAUCGCAUCCUCCCCCAUUUACGUUGAAAUACGGGCUUGGGACCGACUGUUUAACAACCUACAUGGAGGCGGGUGAAAUUAAGGUAUUCCAAACAUCGAAAGUUGCUGGAAACUCGGGUGAGCAUUACCUGGCCAUAGCAGUGCACACCAGAGUCGUGAAGCUUACCCCACAGUCUUCACUGGAUAAGGCUGUUUUGGACGUAGGUCUAUUGGGUUGCCCAAUUAAAGAGCAACGUUUCAACGACAAGUUUUGUGGCAAAGGUUGGACGAUGUUUGAAGAGAGCUGUUACCGGAUUAUUUCAUCCCCGCUUGUCUGGUGGGCUGCGGAGCGAUACUGUCAAGCUCUGGGUGGUCAUCUGGCGGCGGUCAACACACUACGGGAGAAUGAGUUCCUCCGCAGCAACAUUGGCAAUGGAUGGAUAGGGCUAAAGCUUGAUUCAGUCGUCAUGAAGAAACAACGGGAGAGAAUCAAAGACUUAACUUGGAGCAAUGGAAGUCCUGCAGGGGACGCCUUUAAGGAGGAGAAUAUUGCACUUGACGCUUUCCAGGAAUAUCUUUGGAGACUCAAUGAUCCUUUAUGUGCCAGUCUAGAACUACAUGAUCCAUCGUCACACAGUGGAGACAAUACAAAUAACACAACACAAUGUGUCGAUGGUGAAUUGGCAGAAACUCAAAAAGGCGACCUUAAUGCAAACGUUCCGGACAUGACAGUCUGCGACGAUUGUAUGGCUCGGGAGACAAGCUGUGGGAAUAUCAGAUGUGGUCUUCCCGAUGACUACCGCUGCGGACUGAUCUACUCACCCGGCUACCCAGCCGCCUUCCCGCCUUCAGCUAUCUGCCUGUGGACCAUCGAUGGUCCGAAGGGAAGUUUCGUCACCCUUCUGCUGCUGGACGUUGAUUUGCCGGGCUACUCGAGUGGCGUCUGCACAAGUCGUGUGCUGCAGGUCAGGGACAGGUUCCUGACGGUAGGGUGGAACACGAUUCACGGGCUUUGUCGUGGGGAGGACGAGCAGAAGGUCUAUGUUUCCAGCUCCAAUGACAUGCAGUUGGCCAUGUUGGCGACGAGUAACAGCGCUGAUAUCGGCGGUAGUCGCGGCUUUAUGGCAACGUUCAACAUCAGUACUUUUAGCCCCAGCCGCCAGGUGCACAAUCUUCCUGACGAUGCAGGGUUCAUUUGCCCGUGCGGAUGGCAUUUGUUCCGCCGAAACUGCUACCAGACCUUCCGACAGACCGUACCGCUGAACUGGGUUGAAUCAGACCUCAAGUGCCGCGAGUACGGCGCCAACUUAACCAGUGUCUCUGACCGACAGGAAAUGGAAUUUCUCCACGUGCUUUUGGUCACCAACGUUGUCGUCAAACGCACCGCUGAUCCAAAGCUUUUCAUCGGAUUUUAUGAUGUCUACAGGAACCGAACCUUUGUGUGGACGGACGGCAUUCCUGUGACGUAUACGGACUGGUCACAAAUGGACCUCAGAACCGGAUUCCCCCAACCAGACGGCGCCAAGAUCAAUUACUGUGUUGCCAUAGUGAUGAAGAACGUCCGGGAAACUGACCAAUGGUAUGACAUGGCCUGCGAUGAGCGAGACACGAGAUCCUUCAUUUGCAAGCGGGCCGCAGAACGAGUUACCCGUCAGGGAAAUAAUGCUUAG